AUGUCUUCUCCAUUCCCACCCUCUGUCCACUGUAGAGAUGCUAAUGCUCUUCCCUAGGUUUGUGUCUGCCACAGCACAACUCCUCUGCCCCAAUCUUUGAGAAAAUGCAAGAUGUUUCUGAGAACAGCAAAAACAAAAGCACUGUGGGAAUUGCAACCAUGAAUGAAGAAAACAUAGAUGGAACAAAUGGAUGCAGUAAAGUCAGAACUGGUACUCAGAAUGAAGCAGCAUUACUUGCUUUGAUGGAAAAGACUGGUUACAACAUGGUACAGGAAAAUGGGCAAAGGAAAUUUGGUGGUCCUCCUCCAGGUUGGGAAGGUCCCCCUCCACCUAGAGGCUGUGAAGUUUUUGUAGGAAAAAUACCUCGUGAUAUGUAUGAAGAUGAGUUAGUUCCUGUAUUUGAAAGAGCUGGGAAGAUAUAUGAAUUUCGACUUAUGAUGGAAUUUAGUGGUGAAAAUCGAGGGUAUGCUUUUGUGAUGUACACUACAAAAGAAGAGGCCCAAUUAGCCAUCAGAAUUCUUAAUAAUUAUGAAAUUCGACCAGGAAAGUUUAUUGGUGUGUGUGUAAGCUUGGAUAAUUGCAGAUUAUUUAUUGGAGCUAUUCCUAAGGAAAAGAAGAAAGAAGAAAUUUUGGAUGAAAUGAAGAAAGUUACAGAAGGAGUUGUAGAUGUUAUUGUUUAUCCAAGUGCCACAGAUAAGACCAAAAAUCGUGGUUUUGCAUUUGUUGAAUAUGAAUCUCACAGAGCUGCUGCCAUGGCUAGGAGAAAACUAAUCCCAGGUACAUUCCAACUAUGGGGCCAUACCAUACAGGUAGAUUGGGCUGACCCAGAGAAGGAGGUUGAUGAGGAAACCAUGCAGAGAGUUAAAGUUCUCUAUGUAAGAAAUUUAAUGAUCUCAACUACAGAGGAAACUAUUAAAGCAGAAUUCAACAAAUUCAAACCUGGUGCAGUUGAACGAGUAAAGAAACUUAGAGAUUAUGCUUUUGUUCACUUUUUCAACCGAGAAGAUGCAGUGGCUGCUAUGUCAGUUAUGAAUGGAAAAUGCAUUGAUGGAGCAAGUAUUGAGGUAACACUGGCAAAACCAGUAAAUAAAGAAAACACUUGGAGACAACAUCUUAAUGGUCAGAUUAGCCCUAAUUCCGAAAAUCUGAUUGUGUUUGCUAACAAGGAAGAAAGCCACCCAAAAACUCUAGGCAAACCACCAACUCUUCCAGCUCGUCUCAAUGGUCAACAUAGCCCAAGCCCCCCUGAAAUUGAAAGAUGCACUUAUCCAUUUUUUCCUGGAACAAAGCUUACUCCAAUUAGUAUGUAUUCUUUAAAAUCCAAUCAUUUCAAUUCUGCAGUAAUGCAUUUGGAUUAUUACUGCAACAAAAAUAAUUGGGCACCACCAGAAUAUUAUUUAUAUUCAACAACAAGUCAAGAUGGGAAGGUACUCUUGGUAUAUAAAAUUGUUAUUCCUGCUAUUGCAAAUGGAUCCCAGAGUUACUUUAUGCCAGACAAACUCUGUACUACAUUAGAAGAUGCAAAGGAACUGGCAGCCCAGUUUACAUUACUUCAUUUGGAAAUUUGUUUGUCUCUUGUUAUCUUCCAUUGGCUAUCAGAUCCCUCUUCAGAGAUGACCAGUCCUUCUAGGGGAAAACACAUCUCCAAAAGACAGGGAACACAAUCUCUUCAGCCUGGACCUAUGUAGAAGAAUUUGGAGAAAAUAAACAGGUCCUUACUGAUGUUGCUUGAGCUUAUUCUCCUGCAGUUGAUCACAUUCCUGUUGGCUAAAUAUUAAGUCCCAUGACAACAUUAAGUUAAUGCUUAUAUGUUUUAGGCCUCAUCUAUAAGACCAGGAAAAUACAGAAAAAACUUGACUUGUGCAUUAGAUUACCUAAUUCAUUUUUUUUCAUUCCUAGAAACACCAUAACUUUUAUAAAUAAUCAUUUUAUAGUCAUUGUUAGGCCCUUGGCUUAUUCUACCCUAAAGAACAUAGUUGAGUUUUUGGAAAGUACAGGAUUUACAAAUUUGGUCUUUAAUAUUCAUAUACACACAAAAACAUAACAAUGAAGCAAGGAAAUUAUUGGUGCAUAAGAUGAAUGUUUAUUGUGGAAUAGUAAUACUUCAAAUAUAACUGGUUUUUAAAAAAUAAUUUGGUUUUAAUUUUUGGAUUUUUCUAUACUAUAAGUUGAUAAUGGUUUCUUGAAGUUUAUUUUAUAAACACGAUUCAUUUUACUGUUUUAUGGUACAAGUAGGAACGCUAAUGUUAAAUUGGUAUAUUGAGUUAUACAGAAGUUUAUAUUAGUAUUUAAAUAAUGAAAUAUUGGACAGUUAGUUUACACCAAAUGUUUUUGCAGCCCAGGGGAGAAUGUUUCUGCUGGCUUGAUGCCAAAUACAGUUUCAAAAAAAAAAAAUAAGCAAAUAUGAAUUCGCUGGUUUUUAAUCUUUUCUUCAUGGACUACCCUUUAGCAUUAGAACCAAAUUUAAAAGGAGCUGCAUUGUAGAACAAGGGAAAUCAGAGGUUCUCUUUUUUCUCUGAUCAAACCCACAAAACAAUGAAUAGAUACGCAAGUAAAAGAUAUCCAAGAAUGCAUUCUAGUAAGAUCUCUGAAGUUUUGUGUCAGUGAAAGAAAUUGCGUCAGUGAAAGAAACUUGCGUCAGUGAAAGAAACUUCUAGUAAAAAACCAUUAGAAUUUGCAAUGCUCUGAAUGUUGAAACAGUCUUUACCAGCAAAAUAGUAUUAGCAGGAUUUUGAAUGUUAGAACAUUAUGUCAAACUGUGAUUAUAGUUUUAAUGCUUUGUCUCUUUGAAUUAAAUUUGUAUCCAUAAAGAUGUGCAGCAUAAUUGUUCAUGUAUUUAUUUACAGACUACAAUUUUCGUCGCAGCUCAGUAAAUAGUCUUUCCCCUGUUAGUGCUACUUUCUCUUCUGGGACUCCCAGCGUGCUUCCUUAUACUUCAAGGCCUUAUUCUUAUCCAAGCUAUCCCUUGUCACCAACAAUAUCACUUGCUA